AUGGCGCCCGUAGGAGGAAAGACCUCCCAAUUCACUGAUGCCGCGGUUCAACACCGUCUGCAGCUGGCAGGCAAGGCCGGUCCACAAUCACUGGUCAAGAACAUCCGUGUCUUUGGCAUUGCCAUGUUCGCUUGCAUCGGUGGUCUGCUCUAUGGUUACAACCAGGGUGUUUUCAGUGGUGUCCUAACCAUGACCUCCUUCGGUGACCACAUGGGAGGUUAUACCACCAACACCACCAAGAAAGGCUGGCUCACUUCCAUUCUGGAACUGGGGGCCUGGACAGGCACAUUGUAUUCUGGCUUUCUCGCUGAAAUCAUCUCGCGAAAAUAUGCCAUCAUCGUCAAUACUUGCGUCUUCAUCAUCGGCGUCAUUGUUCAAUGUACAGCCACGACAGCUGGCCACAACGCGAUUCUUGGAGGUCGUUUCAUCGUCGGUAUGGGCGUUGGCUCCCUUUCCAUGAUUGUGCCCAUGUAUGUGGCUGAGUGCGCGCCUCCCGAGUUGCGCGGAUUGCUCAUUGGAUUGCAACAAUUCGCCAUUGAGUUUGGCAUCAUGGUCAGCUUCUGGAUCGACUAUGGUACCAACUACAUCGGUGGCACUGGGAAAAGCCAAUCCGAUGCUGCAUGGCUUGUACCACUCGCCCUUCAGUUGGCACCUGCUCUCGUCCUCCUGGUUGGCAUGAUCUUCAUGCCAUUCACGCCUCGAUGGUUGAUCCACCACGGCCACGAAGAGGACGCGAGAAGAACAUUGGCUCUUUUGAGAAACAUGCCCGUCGACAAUGAGCUCAUCGAACUCGAGUUUCUCGAGAUCAAGGCACAGUCGUUGUUUGAAAAGAGAACUGUGGAACACAACUUCCCACACUUGGCCGUCCUCACGCCAUGGAACGUGGUCAAGCUGCAGUUUGUCGCUAUCGGAUCUCUGUUCAAGACCAUGCCCAUGUUCCGUCGUGUCAUUGUAGCGACGGUUACCAUGUUCUUCCAACAAUGGACAGGUAUCAAUGCCGUCCUGUACUAUGCCCCACAGAUUUUCGGAUCCCUUGGCUUGUCCUCGAACACCACUUCGCUCCUUGCCACAGGUGUCGUCGGGAUUGCCAUGUUCCUAGCCACCAUUCCCGCCAUCCUGUAUAUCGAUAAAAUGGGACGGAAACCUACUCUCGCACUUGGUGCACUUGCCAUGGGUCUUUGCCAUUUUAUCAUCGCCAUUAUUUUCGCCAAGAACCAGCACCAGUGGCCUACCCACCACGCUGCUGGUUGGGCGGCUAUUGUCAUGGUCUGGCUUUUCGUCAUCCACUUCGGCUGGUCUUGGGGACCUUGUGCUUGGAUUGUCGUCGCAGAGGUUUGGCCACUAUCAGCUCGUCCAUAUGGUAUUGCAUUGGGAGCAUCAUCCAACUGGAUGAACAACUUCAUUGUCGGUCAAGUCACCCCUGACAUGAUCACGGGCAUCACAUACGGAACCUUUAUCCUUUUCGGCGUUUUGAUCACCAUCGGAGCUGCCUUCAUCUGGUUCUUCGUGCCCGAGACCAAGCAGCUCACGCUUGAAGAGAUGGAUCUUGUUUUUGGAUCAAGCGGUGUUGCCGUGGCUGACCGUGAACGCAUGACUGCGAUCAAUGCCGAGAUUGGGCUUGACCGUCAUCUCGCAAGCCUGGGUGGUCGUAGAAGUGAUGACCAGGUCACCGACGUCCACCAGGAGAAGAAUGUCACUGAGAAGGAUCUGUAG